AUGUUAGCCAGGCAGUCCAAGGUGGAAGUGGAGAAUGAGGAAGUGGAGAAUGAGGACGUGGAGAAUGAGGACGUGGAGAAUGAGGAAGUGGAGAAUGAGGAAGUGGAGAAUGAGGAAGUGGAGAACGAGGAAGUGGAGAAUGAGGAAGUGGAGAAUGAGGAAGUGGAGAAUGAGGAAGUGGAGAAUGAGGAAGUGGAGAAUGAGGACGUGGAGAAUGAGGACGUGGAGAAUGAGGACGUGGAGAAUGAGGAAGUGGAGAAUGAGGACGUGGAGAAUGAGGACGUGGAGAAUGAGGGAGUGGAGAAUGAGGAAGUGGAGAAUGAGGAAGUGGAGAAUGAGGACGUGGAGAAUGAGGAAGUGGAGAAUGAGGAAGUGGAGAAUGAGGACGUGGAGAAUGAGGACGUGGAGAAUGAGGAAGUGGAGAAUGAGGAAGUGGAGAAUGAGGACGUGGAGAAUGAGGACGUGGAGAAUGAGGAAGUGGAGAAUGAGGACGUGGAGAAUGAGGAAGUGUUUCAAGCUAUCCACGAUCUUCUCUUCAUUGAAAGAUGA